AGAGAGGGAGAAAAGUGAGCUCACGUUCACACAUUGCUCAAGAGGCUGGUCUUGCGAUGCCUUUGAAUAUUACACUUUCAGGCAGUUCCCCAUCAGUCAGCCGCACACACCCGAGCCGAGCUGAAGCCACGGAGAGCACUAGGGGAUCUGAAAUCUAAUCGCAUGCAUCAUUCCUGCAGGAUAUUUAUUUUUUAAAUUACACAUCCAAACACGCCGGGAGGCAGCUGCUCUCGCACACACACACACGCACACACACACACACCCUGACAUCCACACGUCGGCAGAGCCGCUCAGCAAACACCUUGUCUCUUCUGGCAGGAUAUAGACCCGGCUCACACACAUCUCUCUCUUCGUCUCCUCCUGGCUUCCCGGAGGAUCGUGCCGGCUGUUUUUCAUGGAGAAAGUCCAGGGAGAAAUGGAGAUUGAGAGAUGGGAAAGAAGUGAAGAGAUUUCAGACGCAGAAAAAAAGGUGAUCCAGGAGACAUGGAGCAGAGUCUAUGCAAACUGCGAGGACGUCGGGGUCUCCAUACUCAUCAGGUUUUUUGUCAACUUCCCAUCAGCCAAGCAGUACUUCAGCCAGUUCAAGCACAUGGAGGAUCCCCUGGAGAUGGAGAGGAGCUUGCAACUGCGUAAGCACGCUCGGCGGGUGAUGGGGGCCAUUAACACUGUGGUGGAGAACCUCAAUGACUCCGAAAAGGUCUCCUCUGUUCUGGCCCUGGUGGGCAAGGCCCAUGCCCUCAAGCACAAAGUGGAGCCCGUCUACUUUAAGAAACUCACCGGUGUCAUGCUGGAGGUCAUUGCUGAAGAAUAUGCCAACGACUUCACCCCGGAGGCCCACAGUGCCUGGACCAAGAUGAGGAGCCUCAUCUACACCCAUGUGACAGCAGCAUACAAGGAGGUGGGCUGGGCUCAGUACCCCACUGCCACCCUGUGAGCGGCCACGGGGCCGGGCGAGGGGCAGGGAGGGCUUUGCUCACCCCAGGACUUCACUCUGGUCUCUUCUCAAGAUCUUUUGCUCAGUCUGGGUGAGCCCGGUAGGGUCAGCUCUGUCAGCUGCCAAGUCACAAUUUGAUCUCCACGGGGUUUUAAAAACAAACAAAAUCAGCCAAAAAAUAAUAAUAAUGAUAGAAGCACGAAGGGUGUGGGUGGGUGGGGGUGAGGCAGUUGCAGGGGAUGCUGGAAGGGGAUGCAGAGUGCAAGGGGAGACUGUAGGUUGUUGGCUCCAUCUUACUGUCCUGGCCUGUCCAUCACCACCUCCCACAUCCUGCACCUCUCUUGCACCACCCCAAAACCCCAAGCUCUGCUGCACAGCAGUGACAUGUAGCCCCGUCCACUGAUGAACAACUUGACCCUUGUUUUCCACACCAAGCCCCUGGGUCAGCCCAGCUCCUUGCUUUUGGGUGUGCCACGUUCACGGGGACCACUGACUGGCACCAAAGCCAAUUUUGCUUUGCACUUUCUCUGCUCCCCUGGCUGGGUGGCAGGGACAAUGGCUGCUCCCAGAGCCCCUCUGGGCUCUCCAUCACCCUCACCUUUCCUGUCAGCCACAGUCCCUCUUCUUGGCUGGCUGUUGCAAACCCUCCUGGGAAUGGAGAAGAUGGGAGAGAUGUGCUCCCCCAGUGUGGGAGGGCAGGGAAGGUGCCUUUGGGCUGUCUCCCCUCGUGGCUCUGAGCAUGGUGUGCAGGUGGGAUCCCUGUGCCAGGUGCAGGGACCUGGUGAGCCCACCUGCCUCCCCUCAGCUCCUGCUGGCAGCAGGGAUGUGGGUGAGGAUGGGUAAGGGUGGCAGGUGGUGUGCCAGCACCCUGGGAGUUGGCAUGUGUAGGUCUGUCUGUCCAGCAGCAGGAUGGUGUGGAGAUGUGGGGCUGGGGCAGCUCUGCCCUGCUUGGGGUUCAGGAGGGAGAAGAAGAUGAAGUGGACAUAGGAGGAGGGAUUCCUGGGCAUGAAGAAAGGUCCCUGGUCUGUUCAAAAUGAAAUACCUUGUUACAUAGAGAAUAUUCCUGCCCUCCUGGUGAAACUGGGUUCCUUCAAGUAAAGUGCCUGGUAGAAACCAGCCCCUGCAGGAGGUGGGUCCCUCCAUGGGGGGCAGUGCCCCUGCCAAUGCCUGCCAAAGGGCUCCUUCCCAAAACUGAGAUGUGGCUCCCAGAACUCAUCCUGCCUCCAGCACCAACUCCUCCUCCUGAAGCUGUGGGUGAGUCUGCUUGGUUUCUGCCUCAGUUUCUCCUUUGAGAAGAAGGGAGGAGGAGCAGCCCUGCUGCCUCCUGCACACAUGUGCUUGGAUUUACAGGAUAUUUUGGGGACUAAUUCCCAAAAGAUUAGGGAUGACACAUCAGGUGUGCUAGGAAGCUUUGGCAUCCUUGCCACCCAGUGUUUCCCAAAAUGUCUCUUACAUGUGAAGCUCUUAUCUUCAGGGCAAUGUUACCUGUUGAAGGGGAAGAGGGGGGUUCUUCUCUGAGAUUUCCUCUGGCCUCACUCCCCAACUGCCCUCAGGAGCUGGGAGCUUUCUGGGAACACCAGCUCCUCUCCUGGAUGUUGGCUGGGCAGGCAGUGAGUCCAUGGGAUCCCCAGGGCACCCAUGGGGACACUGCUGGAGGGGGCAGCAGGAACCCAGGCUCACCUCCCUUCCCUGGAGCAGCCAGCCAGAACCUCCUGCUUUGCUCAUCUGUGCUUUUAAUCAUCCCAAGGAAAAAUAGGCUUGUUUUGUUUGGGUUUUUUUACCUGUUCCUGGUGUUAUGCUUCUGUGCCAAGAGGUUCCUCUGUCCCCCAGCCCUGGCAUUGCCAGGGGGGUUGGUCAGCAGUGGGUGCCCACUACCAGAAAAUCUCUCUGUGGGGUUUCCCCCUUUCUUCUGCUGGCUCUAACAGUAGGAUCCUUCUCAGGAUCCAUGGGAGCCUGUAUGGAGGGGCAAAUCCCAGCCCCUCCAUCACUCUUGCUGGGAUGCUGGCCCAUCCCACAGCUGGGCAGUGACCCAGGGACUGCUGCUCAAAGCAGCAGGGCAGGUGUGCUUGGGGGAAAACAUCUCCCGUUCCUCUGGACUUGGUUAGGUGCAGCCAGGUCUUUGUGCCAUCACCUGCUGCCCUGGCUCUGGGCAAAAGGGAGUCUGGAUAGAGCUCUCAACCUCUUGGCUGUGCUCCCCAGUGCUGCCUUGCCUCCCUGCAGAGCCCUGGGCCCAGGGUUAGUCCCAGAAUGGCUCCAGGACUCCACUAACACUAGUACAGUUGCUCUCUCUGGCCUUGCAGUUCUUCCUUCCCCAUCUCCCACAGUAAAACAAGUGGAGAGGAGCAGUGGGGCCAGGAGCCACAGCAUGAACUGGGUGUACAGAGAGGGUUGGGUGGCAAUAACUGCCAGACAUGGCUGCCCUUGGCGUGGCAACGUGCAAUGUCAAGGGGCUUCUAAAAGGGACAGGCAUGGGGUGACAAGUGAUGCCACUUUGCUGCUGGGGUGGGCUGUCAUUUAGCAUCAGCACCUCUGAAAUUCAGCCCACCAGCCUGCACCCCUGAAGUGCCAGCAGCUGAUGCCUCCAGCUCUUAUCAAAGCAGCUGCUCAGCCCUUGUCCAGCUGGAGGAGGCAUCUUUCAAACAUCAGCUGCUGGCUGGGGCAGGGUUAGGCCCAGGCAGAUGGGAAAAGACCUGUUCAGUCGUUGACUUCACUCCAGUGCAAGACUGGAGAGUGAUCACUUGGAGCAAGACUGUUAGAUACCAUUUUGGGGGCACAUCAGGGGGCUCUUGAGCACAGCUUCACCCACGGCUGCCAAAGCCUGGGGCCAGCGAGGCGUGUUUUUGAUGAGCUCAUGUACUCCCCGUGCUCUGUGGCUGCUGGGCCAUGGAUGUUUCCCUGCAGGGUCGUUUCAUCCUUAGACAAAGAUCCCACAUGAACCUUGGAGGUUAAUAUUCUCCAGGUGGGGAUUUUAUUUUUGCAGUACAAACCCUUCCUCUCCCUUCUCACAACCAAAACCGGGCUCGGCCACGGUCAGCGGGGAAGCAAAUUUGGGGUUGGCUGGGAAGUCCCCACUUUCAUGCCUGACCCACCCGACUGCCUUGGCUUUGGGGGAGCAGCAGUGAGGUUCCCCCCCACACCUCACCUUUCAACCGGGCUUGGCUUCUGGGUUUCUUUUUUGCAUCCCUAUUAAAAACCAGACCCGUGACCUCGUGCGCCCACGCGUGUGCUGGGCUGGGGGGUUGUUUUCCAGGCACAUUUUUCUCAAGCAGAUCCAGAUGUGUGCAGCUGCUGGCCCUCCACGAGCCCGUCCCACCCCCGGCAGCCAAAUUACAGGCCGGUCAAAUCGAUGCGAACAAAAACAUGUUUAUUUUUACCAGCUCUGUAGGAAGGAAGAUGAAGCGGGGAGGGCGGCCGGGGCAGAGCCUGGGGAGGGGAGGAGACGGAGCUCAAGCGACCGCCCCCUCUUUGCCGCCCGCAGCCCAGCAGGAAUUGUUUAAAUCGGGGAAAAUUCUCAUCUGGGGAGAGAGAGAAAAAUGAAGAGGGGAAAAAAAGGCAAAAAUACCAUUCCAGCGUGACAGGGCUGAUAAAUGCUGUGUGGAAAGAGCAGAAAAGGGAGGUUGGGUGUUGGCUCUGAGUGGGACUCUCCAGGCACGUGUGUGCACACGCCUGCACGGCUGCUCCCUCUUACUGCCAGCCCCGUGGUCCCUCCCGAGCCCCCCACAGCCAGCUGGGGACCCCCCUUAUCCCCUUUCAGGCCCUGCUCGCUGGGGCUUCACGUUUCACCUUCUGGCACACUUGGGCUGGGUGAGGGCACUGCCCGUGUGCUUUGGGCUCAGCUCUCCUUGGCAGUGGCAGGUAGGAGCCAACUUGCAAAGUGAUCCCCCCCAAAUUCAUGUCCCUUUGGGGACACUUGCUCUUAGCACUCAGCUUGUGUCCCCUCACCCUGGGUUUGAUGCUGCCUUUGGCCGGAGGGAACUUGGCACUGGAGGAACGGGGAGCAUUAGGUUGGGAUGGGACCCCACCCCACUCAGUCCCCCCUGUCCAGCACUCAUGGCAAGCCUAGCUCCAUAUGCAGCUGGACAGACACCCCAACGCCACCGAGGACCUUGUGCCACCACAUUGGUCUUCUCUCAUGGUGACACAACCCCCCACAGCUGAGGACAGCCCAGCCACGUGCUUGCAGGGGGACUCCUCUUGCAUCUCUGCCAGUUUGCUCCAGUUUGCCCCAGUGAAGGGCACCCCAGUGUCUCCCUGCUGUCUGGGGAGGCGCCCAGUGACUUUAGUGGGGACCAGAUUUUGGCUGGGUGGCCUCUGGCACGGGAACUGGGCCUUCCCCAGCCCUGCCUGCGGGGCAGCAACCCCCGGGGCACAUCUGUGGGUGUGAGGACCACUUGGGGAGGGCCAUGCCAGGCAAAUGUGAGGGAGGGUGGGAAGGAAACCCCCCCAACUAACCUUGGACCAACUCAUCCCAAAGGGAGGGAUAAAACCACCCGCCUGGCUCUGACCUAUUUAACAGGCUGCGACGCUAAUUAUUUUCCAUAGCUGAAGUUGUCUCUAAUUGUUAGUACGUCUUGACCAGUCCCACCGUGACCCACAGACAUGAGCCAGCGUGGUCUGAUGUAAUUCCAUGUCUUUCCUGUUAACUGCUGCAGAUACUGUUCCUGUACAUGUCUGGGUGCUUCCGUGCUGGUUUUCCACGUGCCGCUCCGUGUACGAUGGGUGUAACUUGUUCCUUCUUUUUUUUUUUUUUUUGUAGGUUUUUAGUAUGUUUGUAACCAGGCAGAGUGGUGUUAUUAAACUGAAACCUGUAUCUUCAGUGGAUAAAUCGAUCAAACCCC